UGGUCAACAGAAUGCCCAGCCGCGCUCGCGCGUCAUCUCCAUCUUCUUCAGCAGCCUCUACAGCAAGAACAAGGAGGUGGCAGCUGCAGCGAACGUCGGGUUGAAGAUUGUACUGGCAGCAUCCUCGAAACUCCCCAAGGACCUGCUGCAGAAUGGUCUUCGCCCAAUCUUGAUGAAUGUGCAAGACCCCAGGAAACUGUCUGUCGAAGGAUUGGAGGGGCUCAGAACGCUCUUGCAACUCCUCACCAACUAUUUCAAGGUCGAGAUCGGAACGAGACUGUUGGAUCACAUGAACGUCUUUGUCGACGCGACAAGCCUGCAAAAAGGGUCCUUCAGCCUGAUUGAAGCGCAGCCGAAGAUGAAGAUUGCCACCGCCAUCUUCUCGGUGUUCCAUCUCCUACCGCCUGCCGCUGUGCAAUUCCUUCCGCUUCUCGUCGAGCGAGUCAUGAGUUUGGAAUCAGGCCUGCGCAGAACGAGAAGCAGUCCCUUCCGCGAGCCGCUCGCAAAGUACCUCAGUCAUUAUCCGACCGAGACAUGGGCUUACUUCUUGGCGGUCUUGAAGGAGGAGGCCAAGGGUCGCUUCUUUGCCCAAAUGCUUUACAACUCCGAGAGCGGCGCUUUACGACAGAAAGUCAUUGACGAGCUCGAUGCUUUCGUCGGGGCUAUCCAAGCAGACGGCACAGAGGUUGAGAAGGCUCAAGUGGCCGUGAACGCGAUUCACAUGGCCGACGCAAUCGCAUCCUUCCCCGAGACCGCGAAGCAGCUCAUGGAGAACCAAACAGCUUGCGGAGCUCUACUCGAAGCCGCCAAGUCUCUGCGAACGAUGAAGUCGUUGCCGCCCAACUUGCAGUUGGCUGUGGUUCAAAGCCAUGAGCACAUCAUGCACAUUUCCAUUGUGUACAUGGAGCAGCACCCCGACGACAUUGACAGCCUGUUCAAGCUCUUCGAGUCGUGCACAAAUGGCGAUUUGCAGCUGUGCCCGUCCAUCUUCGCCUAUCUGUACGCCAACGUCAUCACCAACGAAGACGUGGAGUACCAGCGGUCAAUCGUCUUGCGCUGUAUCGAAACCUUCACUUCCAAGCAAGCCAAUCAGAAGAUGAAGUGGUUUGUCUUCCGAAAUGUCAUGAAUCCGAUCCUGGCCAACGAUGUCAUGCGGAAUUGGGAGCUUUUGUUCCAACCGACGUACAAAGGGACCGCUCUGCUGGACAAGGCGAUGACAGAGACCUUCCACAACAAGCUGCUGAAGCCGCAGUCGGUUGCGGACAUCUCUGACGACGGCACUCAAGGCGUCGACCUGAGCCGCAUGGAGCUCUUGCAGACCUCUUCGUUCCUCGUGAAGUACCACCAUGGCUUGUUGCAAGAUACCCGCAAAGACCUAAUAAAAUUUGGCUGGAACUACAUCCGACUGGAGGAUCUCAUCAACAAGUACGGGGCGUAUUGUCUGAUCGCCUACUUCAUCGCGCACUAUGAAACACCGCCGAAGAUUGCAAUCCAAGUCUACGGUGCGCUGCUCCGAGCCCACCAGGCAGAGGGCAAGAAUCUUGUCAUGCAAUCACUCGAAAUUCUCGAACCCGUGCUCAAAAAGCGCCUUGGAGGCCCUGAUGGUCGUUCAUCAACGUGGUCCAGAUUCCCGCGGAAGAUCCUCAAUGAGGAGAUUGGCAACGUCCAGCAGUUGACGAGCAUCUUCAACUUUCUCGUACGACACCCCGACUUGUUCUACGAAGCAAGAGAGCCAUUCGCCCAAACCAUCAUUCAAACCAUCGGCAAAGUCGUUCAGCUUCCUCCGAGCUCCGUGGAGAGUCGACGACUGGCUGUGAGUCUGUUCAGCCUGAUCAUGAACUGGGAAGAGCGUACUGUCCGAGAGACCGGAUCACUCAACGCACCCUCUACCCCGUCUAGAGAGAAGGAGCAGGGCAAACGAGGUGCAGUGGCUUCGGCCAAUAUGCGCCUCGUGCUCGUCAAGUACAUGGUGCAAUUCAUUGCAGUCUUGCCGGAGCGUUUCCCCGUUGCGCCGCCCAGGGACAAGGAGCUUACCCCAGUCAGCGUACACGUGCAGCAGCCGACAGAGACGGUUACCAGGACCGUUGCACUGCUGAGCAAACUCCUUUCCCCGCCUUACUGGGAUGACUUGGACAUCGACGCCAUGUUUCCCAAAGUGACCGAGCAGAUUCUGUGCGGCGAACAAAAGCAAGAAGAGAAAGCGGAGAUCCACACGACCAGGAUUGUGAACACAAUUCAAAUCUUGAAGGUGCUUCUCAACGCCCGCCCGCACGAGUGGAUCGUUGCUCGUCUGCCGCAGCUGCAGAAGCUUCUUGCAAAGCCCCUUCGCAGUGACAGUGUUGAGGUCCAGGACGCACUUCACAAUCCGGAUCUGCCAGAGUCCGUCAACCCGAAACUGCCGCCCCUCUUGCAGCGUGUGCUCGAGGCCAUCCCAGCAAAUCCACCCGAAGACGAGUUGCCGGACGCCGAUAGUCCGACUGAAGAGUUCAUGACCUUCUUGUCCUCCGUGGCCGGUGAUUUGAUUACCAACGGUAGCCACAUCGCCGGUGUCAACAUCCUCUGGAUCAUGGCCAAACGCAAGCCUGAAGAUGUCGAUACCCACAUCCAUACGCUUCUUAGGACGUUGCAAAUGAAGCUGGCCAAAGACCACUUGGCGUCUCAAAUGACUCCUCAAGCCGCGGUCGCGCAAGGGCUACAACCUCAGAUGCCCAACUCACUCGAGGUCGAACUCAACACUCAGGCAAUCAUCAAAGUCAUCGAGAUGCUGUCUGCGCGGAUCAGUGCGCUGGGCGAACAGCGACGGCCGUACCUCAGUGUUCUGGCGUCGCUCGUCGAGCGGUCGACUAGCGGCCCUCUCUGCGAGACGAUUAUGAGUCAGGUGGAGACCUGGGUGUUCAAUCCCUCCGAACCCGUGCCGACGUUGAAGGAGAAGACUGCUGUGCUGCAGAAGAUGUUCCUGUUCGAGCAUCGUCAAGAUCUUUCCCUCUACACCAAGUUCAUGGACCUAGUCAUCCGCAUCUACGAGGAUCCCAAAAUCUUGCGCUCCGAGCUUGCCGUCCGCAUGGAACACGCUUUCUUGAUUGGAUUGCGCAGUCCUGACAUCGACAUGCGGGCCCGCUUCGUGGCCAUCUUUGACAAAGCCCUCAGUCGCAGUACCGGCAAUCGCUUCUUCAAAUUGAUCUGCGAGCAGCAGUGGGAUGUAUUGGGCGAGAGCUUCUGGCUCAGCCAAGUCAUUCAGUUGAUGUUUGGCUGUGUGGACCAGAAUACGCCCAUGCGUCUUCAUCCGGACGAUUUCACCUGCAUGCAAGCUUCCAAAUUGUACGGCACGUAUGCCGGAGACACUCGCCUCGCGGAUGCCAUGCUUGACGACUCAUUCGAGGCUUUGGUGGCUGGCGAAAGGCAAUUCCUGGCAGAUGUUAGCAACGUGCGAUCUCGCGAUGUCCUCACAUCGUUGUCCGACUUGCAGCAUACCGACUCGCAGCUGGCCCACGACAUCUGGGUGGCUUACUUCCCAAUGUGCUGGUCGACGUUGUCCAAGGAUGAUCGCGAAGAUAUUGAGCAGGGACUGAUCAGUCUGCUUACGAAAGACUACCAUCAGCGACAGGCUGAGAAGCGACCAAACGUCGUCUCAACACUGUUGGAAGGGAUCGCUCGAGCACGCCCAACGUGUAAAUUCCCGCCCCACGUCAUGAAGUACCUCGCGAAAGCGUACGACGGCUGGUACACAGCAGCGGCCUCCAUGGAGGAGCACGCUCUCAAACCAGUCAUGGACAGCGCGAAUGUCCGUGAAAGCAAUCUUGAUGCACUCGUCGAGAUCUAUGCCGCUCUUGAAGAAAGCGACCUCUUCUACGGUACCUGGAGACGUCGAGCUCAAUUCGUGGAGACGAAUGCAGCCCUUUCGUUCGAGCAGAAUGGCAUCUGGGACAAGGCGCAGAACAUGUACGAGCAGGCGCAGAUUAAGGCUCGCACCGGCUCGUUGCCCUUCUCGCAAGGAGAGUACAUGCUGUGGGAGGAUCAAUGGGUUCUCUGCGCGCAAAAGUUGCAACAGUGGGAGAUCUUGGGCGAGUUCGCUAAGCAUGAAAACAUCAACGAUCUCUACCUCGAGGCAACUUGGCGCUCUUUCGAGCUCUGGAGCACGACCGAGUCUCGAGACCAGCUGGACUCCAUCAUCAAGGCCGUCUCCGAUGCUCCCACUCCCCGUCGCAUCUUCUUCCAGGCUUUCAUGUCGCUGCUGAAGCUCAACGCCAGCAGAGACAACAUGCCCGAAUUUUCCCGAAUCUGUGAUGAGAACAUCCAGUUGUCCAUCAGGAAUUGGCACAAGCUGCCCCGACGCAUCACAAACGCACACAUCGGCUUGCUGCAGAACUUCCAGCAACUGGUGGAGCUGCAUGACGCCAGUGUCAUUUGCCAGAGUCUCUCGCAGACGACUGCAGCGAAUCUGGAUGUCAAGUCUCAAGAACUCAAAGUCCUUCUGAGCACCUGGCGAGAUCGACUUCCCAACUUGUGGGAUGAUAUCAACGCCUGGCAGGAUCUCGUGACUUGGCGACAACACAUCUUCCAGCUCAUCAAUGCCACGUACCUCGCACUCCUACCCAACACGAACGCCAAUGCCACAGGCACAUCCUACGCAUAUCGCGGCUAUCAUGAAACUGCGUGGAUCAUCAAUCGGUUCGCGCACGUCGCUCGAAAGCACCAGAUGCCGGAUGUGUGCAUCACGCAGCUCGGCAAGAUCUACACGUUGCCGAACAUCGAGAUCCAGGAGGCUUUCCUCAAGCUACGAGAGCAAGCCAAAUGCCACUAUCAGAACCGCAGUGAACUCACCAGCGGCUUGGACGUCAUCAACAACACCAAUCUCAACUACUUCAGCAACGUCCAGAAGGCCGAAUUCUACACUCUCAAGGGAAUGUUCCUGAGCAAGCUUAACCAGAAGAACGAAGCCAACGAUGCAUUCGGUACUGCCUUAUUCUUCGAAAUUCGCGUGCCGAAAGCCUGGGCCGAGUGGGGUCGAUACAGCGAUCAGCUGUUCAAAGAAGAGCCGACGAGAAUUGAGCUCGCGAGCAACGCACUGAGCUGCUACCUGGAAGCUGCUGGGCAGUACAAGAGUGCCAAGUCGCGCAAGGUGCUCAGUCGCAUUCUGUGGUUGUUGAGCUUGGAUGACGCGGCUGGCACCCUGGCCCAGACAUUCGCGCACUACGAGGGCAAAGGCGACCAGCCGUGGUGGUAUUGGGUGACGUUCAUUCCGCAGCUUCUUAACAAUCUCUCGCGCAGCGAAGGUGAAGCAAACAUUGCCCACCAAAUCCUCACCAGCCUCGCCAAGACCUACCCGCAGGCUCUGCAUUUUCAGCUGCGUACGGCGCACGAAGACAUGCAGGUCUUGCGGAAGUCUUUGGCUGCCAAAGAACAGCGGGAGCGACAAGCUCGAGCAGCUAAGGAGGCGACCGAGGCAGCGAAGGAGAAUGCAGAUGGGGUUAAGCAGGAGUCGUCGCCUGCGGUCAAUCGACCCGAUAGCGCGGGAGGCACGUCUAGACCUGCUACUGCAAAUGGAGAGAGGCCGAGCACAGGGGAUGGGGAGACAAGACCUGGCACGGCGAAUGGAGAAACGAGGCCGGCGUCAGCAUCUGGGGACGCCGCUCAAAACGGCGGCACGACAGAAGAGACACCCAAGAAGGAGGGCGCUGGCGAGGAAGAAGAGAAAGCCGAAGCACCGCCGAAACCGAAGAAGCCUUGGGAGCACACGGAAUCUCUGAUGAUCACUCUUCGCACGGCCUUCCCUCUGCUUUACGCUUCGAUGGAAGCAAUGCUGGAGCAGAUCCAGAAGCACUUCAAGUGUCCACCGGACGAAGACGCCUUCCGACUCAUCGUUGCUCUGCUGAAUGACGCCCUUGGCUAUAUUGGACGAUCUCCUGGCGCGUUUGCAAAUGAUUCCAAGCUGCCUCAGUCCACGGAGACGAACAUCAUUCGUUUCGCCGAUACCAUCCUGCCAGCCCACAUCCGCAAGGCCUUCGAAGCGGACUUUGUGGUCAAGAAGCCUGGCAUGAUCGACUACAUCGCGAAGUGCCGGAAGUGGCGGGACAGGCUUGCCGAAAAGCUGGACCGCCGCCCGCAAACCUUCCAUCUCGCAGAGUCCACGCAUCUGAGCGGCUUCCGGUUCCUCUGGUUCGAUGAGGUGGAAGUGCCGGGACAGUACCUUCAGCACAAGGACAAGAACCAAGACUUUGUCCGCAUUGAGAGGUUCUUGCCGUUUGUGGACCUGGUGCGUGGUGUCGCUGGAUGCCAUCGUCGGCUGAAGAUUCGUGGACAUGACGGCAGUGUGCAUCCGUUUGCGAUCCAGCAUCCUGCGCCGCGUCAUUGUCGUCGGGAAGAGCGCAUCUUGCAGCUCUUCCGCAUCUUCAACAGCACGUUGGCCAAGAAGAAGGAGAGUCGGCGUCGAAACAUCCAGUUCCACCUACCAGUCAUGGUGCCUCUCUCACCGCAGAUGCGAAUGAUCCAGGACGAUGCGUCCUACAUUACGCCCCAGGCUAUUUACGAAGACUACUGCCGACGCAAUGAGAUGGACAAGGAUGAACCGACCAGCUUUAUGAUGGAACGACUCCGAGGCUUGACGCCGCAGAAGCAAGAGCAGUUCCAGAACAUGAGACUGGAGUCGCUCAACCACAUCCAAGAGCGAAUCGUGCCUAAAGACCUCAUCCGAGAGUACUUCGCGGCGACGCAUCCUUCUUUCGACGCCUUCUGGCUCUUCCGCCGCCAAUUCUCGUACCAGCUGGCAGCGCUCACGUACAUCACCUGGACCAUGCACAUGACGGUGCGGUACCCCAACAAGAUGUCGAUUGCCAGACGCAACGGCAAUAUCUGGGGUUCAGAGCUUCUCCCCUACAUGUCCACCACUCGGCCCUACUUCUCCAACCCCGAGCCCGUGCCCUUCCGCCUGACGCCCAACUUGCAAUAUCUUAUGGGCCCGAUUCACACCGAAGGCAUCUUCACCGCCGCACUCAUGGCCAUUGCGCGCUGCCUCACCUCCGACGCGACGGCCUCCACCGGCAGCAGCACAUCGCAAAACGAGUCCAACGGCAACGGACGCCAGAACGUGGUGUCGGACAGCACGAACACGGAACUCGAGAACCACCUGUCCAUCUUCAUCCGCGACGAGAUGACCUUCUGGUACACGUCGUCGCACCGGCAGAGCAUCAAGGAGACAGAGCUGCGGGAGAAUGUGCAGCACAACGCCGGACUGAUUGUUAAGAAGGCAGUCUUCCUGGCGGCGGACCCCGGGGCUAACAACCUGCCUGCCAAUCAGAAUAUCAUCGAUAUGGUGGCGCGGGCGACGAAUCCGGAGAAGCUGUGCCAAACGGAUCUGUUGUGGAUGCCGUGGUUGUGAGCGGUACAUUACUAUUUCAUCUUAGGGGAUGUUGUUAUGAGGGAAGAUGCGGCCGGGGUGGGAGAUGUAUUUAUCUUGGACUGAGAUUGGGUUUAGAUGUGAGUUUAGCGAGGGCGUUUCGGAUACAUUCGUUGCAAUUUAUGUGCUU